AAGCCAAAAGACAGUGUAAGGAAAAGGAACUCAACUUGGAAACUGAUCAUCAUUAUGGAUUAUCAAUUUAAAAUAUUGGAUACAUAUAAAGCGGUGAUGCACAAUGUAUCACAAGUUUGAGAUCGUUUGAAGGAGAAACGUCUUCAUUGCGUUUUCUCUGUAAUUUCUAUACAAGGUACAAGUACAGCCCAUGUAUUUGUUGAAAAUUCUUUGGGUUUAUUACAACGCAAAAACAUCAGUUUAUUAUACACAUUUUGAGAUUUUGCAUGCGAGCGGGAAGCAAGAUUGUGUUUUUGUCGGCGAGAGCGAGAUGGAGAGGGCACGCGCUAGAAAGAUGGAAGAGAGACAGAGUGGGGCAGCAGAAAGACUGGGAGGCCGAGAGCGAACCGGGUUAGAUCGGCGAUAUCGCUCUCAGAACUCAGUGCAAUCGAAUUUCAAAAGCCGCGUACUGUUAUCGAGAUCGGUCGAGACUUGGGCUAUAUAUUCCGCUGCAAGUACUGCACUUCAGUUCAAGUUUCCACCUCCCAUUAGACAUUACGAAGCUUUAUUAGAUUCUAGAAAUAAUGCCUAAGUUCAUAAACGAAGUCUGUGGUCUCAUCGAUUCCUACGGCGGACGGGAUGUCCUGAUGGAGGCGAUGUGCCAGGGUGCCAAGUUGGUGGCGGGAUACCAGGCCAAGCGGAACCCAGACCUGUCCCAAAGAUGUGCCACCGUCAGCUCGAAAAUCUCGGGAGCCCAGGCCACCCUGCGCCUGAUCGGCGAUCUUCCUGUGAUCCAGUACACCCUGGAGUAUGGAUUGGGUGACUGUGAACCGGAUCGCAUCACCGCCGUACUGGGGGUGAUGUCCAACGCGGUGGACCUACUCUUUUACCCCAUCGAGACCAUCUGCUGGCUGGCCGAGCACAGGGUUUUGGAUGUGAAAAACAGGGCGAGAUGGAGCUAUGCAAACUCCAUAUUCUGUGUGCUUUCCGUGUACUUGAACCUCGUGAGGACUUUAAGGACUUUCUUGCUGAAUCGGAACCAGCUGAGCCGACAGGAUGUGGUCUCCUUUGCGCGCAUCUCCCUCGAUCUGGUCCACGCCGUCAGCAUUCUGCCCAGUGGUUACUUGUGGGGUGGCAAGAUGUCAACCCUCCAAAUUGGAGCCAUUGGAACCCUCUCCGCGGCACUUGGAAUCUACCAGAUCUUGGGCAGGAAGAGAAUGACUUAGUAAAAGUCUCUAUCGCUCGAACUCGUCGAACGAAAUUUAAAGAUAGUCGUUAUCGUACGUUUUGGUACGCUGAUAUGGAUGAAUAAUUUGUAUUCCGCUUUAGAUAAUAUUAGUUUAUUAGAUCGUAAAUAUAAAAAUAAAGAUAUUUGAAAUAUAUCCCAUUUAAUAAGA